GCGACGUCGCGGAGGAUCUGCGGGACGAGCAUAAACUGACGUCACGCAUUCUAGUCGUCUUCGGGAGUCGCGGGCUCGCUUCUCAGGCUCGCCCGCCGCUGGUGGCCUCCGCUCUCCAUCUCGCUCCGCGGUUCUACCUCUCCAUCUAACGCACAUCCUCCGCAUGCAACGCGCUAAGUGAGUCACGCGCGCGCGGGUCGCGUAAGGUUGCGUCAAAACAAAAACAACCGCCGCUGCUGAUCGCGAAGGUACCGUCAGCGACCGUCUCACCCCCUGCGCUCGGUAAGGAAAGAGCGAACGAGGAAGCGGGGGCGGAAGUAACGGCAGUGGUCUCCGUCGGGUCGGAUAAUUUAUGAACGCGCGACAGGCGCGCCCGUCCGCGUUUGUGUUGGGUGUCCGUGAACGACACACGGCGAAGGUGAAAACGUUGGCCGGAGCGAACCUAUAGCUGGGACGUGCACGGCGGGAUAGAGUGGGACAUCUCGUGCGCCACGAAUAACAGUGAAAGCGGAGGCGACGAGUGGACGAUCGCGUCGAUCAUUAUAUCGCUCUAUAUAGACGAGAAAAGCUGCAUCGCGACGCCCGCCAAUGACAGCGUUCGCGCGUUCGUGAUAUCUCAGGUGCGACUCGUCGGCGCUCGCAUUCUCCGCUGGCGACGAUACGCGCAAACACGCUCUUAGCGACGCUCUCUCUCGUGGAGGCGCGAUCAGCUGUUGCGGUUUCCGCGAGGUCGCCCGCCGAUAGGACGGGAGGCAACACACCUACGGAAACAGAGAGGUGUCCGAUAAGGUGCGUGUUUUCGGGCGCGCGCGCACUCUCUCUCACACGGAGAAUGUGCAAGAGGUAGCCGCGACGAGGAGGACGGGUGGAUUAUUAUGACGAGCGGCGUCCGAAGGAGCCGUCAGCGUGCGUGCGACAUCGGGCUGCUGCGCUAUGUGAAUACACCGUGGUGUACGUAUGAGCAACGUAAUUCAUGCGUUCCCCUACUGUCAGCGGUGAGCGUACGACGACGGGCGGCUCUCCGCCGACAGGCGAACGGCAGUCCACGUCAGUAACCGGCAGCGACAUUCAGGGGAUGCCUAGCCUACACUCGCUCGUCUUACGGCGAGCCCCGCUAACGGAUAUGGGCGCCGCGACCAGCUCGGUGACGUCCGUCAACCCGCCCGCCAAGAUCGCCAGCCAGAAGAAGGGGGACAAGUCGAAGCUGAGACUACCUCUGAUACGCAAGGAGGCCAGCGUGGUGAAUCUCUCCCUGACGGAGAGGAGCGUGCCGGGCAAGGAGGCGGACGCGCCUCUCCUGCGUCCUGAGAGCAGCGCCAGUCUGGAGGCGCGCGGAGGAAGCAGCUGGAUGAGCCUCGGCCCCGGGCCGCUGAGGAAGUGCGAGACCGCCGUGGGGCUGAGCACCUCCGCCCUGGAGGGCAGGCCCAUCAAUCGCAGCAGGGUCUGCUCGCGCUGCUCCAGCCUGCUCUCACUGGCGUCCAGCUCGAGGUACAGCCUAGCCGCCGGCAACUUCGUGCCCGCGGCGACCUCCCAGCAGACGAUCGGACGGAUAUUUUGUAAACUCUGUCUCGUCGACACCACCCUUUCCAAGUCGUUUAAGAUAGAGAGAUGCGGUUGUUCCUAUUGUAAAGAUUGCAUGCGUGCCUACGUGGAGUUUGAGAUCGAGGAGGGCGCGUACGAGAUCAGCUGUCCCGACGCUCAGUGCGAUCAGGGCGCCGUACUCUCACUGCCGGAGAUCGCGAGCCUCGUCAGCUCGGAGCUCGUGGAGAAGCACUGCAAGUUCCGAGUAAACAGAGAUGUGUCCAUGGACAAGAGGCGGGCGUGGUGUCCAACUGCCGGUUGCGAGACGAUAUGUUCGAUCAGGGCCAGCGGUGGAAGCGGCGCUCCCUUGGUCCCCGUGCACUGUCCCAACUGCUCGACCGACUUCUGUUGGAUAUGCCGGGAGCCCUGGCACAACGGGCCCUGCCCGGAUCUCCCGUUCGACGGCGACCACAUCAAGUCCUGUCCCAUGUGUUCGGUGCCCAUCGAGAAGGACGAAGGCUGCGCUCAAAUGAUGUGCAAACGGUGCAAACACGUGUUUUGCUGGUACUGCUUAGCAUCCCUAGAUGAUGACUUUCUGUUGCGACAUUACGACAAGGGACCAUGUAAGAAUAAGUUAGGCCACUCACGCGCGUCCGUGAUAUGGCAUCGAACGCAAGUUAUCGGGAUCUUCGCUGGUUUCGGCCUACUUCUGCUCGUCGCAUCGCCCUUGCUAUUGUUAGCGGCGCCCUGUAUCGUGUGUUGCAAAUGUCGCGUCUGCGGCACCUCCAGGCUCGACCAGGAAGAGGGUGACACGGCAACAUAGGAACUUCCAAAUCUCUCUUUCUUUCUCUCUCUCUAUCUGUCUAUCUGUCUAUCUCUUUCUCUCAGCUAAUUCUCGCUUCAUUAUUUCACCCAGCUAAAAAUCAACAUUUUUCCUAGACUUCCAUGUAUGGGAGGUAACACGGUCGGCAACUUAUAUAGAUAUACAUUGCAUUUCCUUAAGUCUAUACUUUUGUCUUUGCGUCGCUAGACAUAAUGUUGGAGAAAAACAAAGAGAACGCAUGUCUCUUUUCAGUCAAGCAUAUUGUGAUUCACUCUAUACACAUAUAUCUACAUGCAUAUAUAUAUAUAUAUAUAUAUAUAUGUGUGUGUGUGUGUGUGUAUAUAUAUUUAUAUUUUAUUUGUGUAAACUAUUUAAACAGAAAAUGAGAAAUGGUUACUGCGCGAUUCGUUUAGUCUUAAUACAAUUGUUUCUUCUGAUGAUGAUAUAAACUUACCUUACGUAGCCACUUAAUAACUCUAUAUUUUUUUUUCUUCGUUUUUUUUUUUCUACGACGUGUACUAAUCGUGUGAUUCAAUGAGAUCUAAUUAUUUAAAAAUACUCAUAACGAAUCAUUGUCUACGAGAACAUUCCAAAGACUUGUACACUUUGCAUCAAAUUUAUUGUACUGCCGCAUAACAUUACUACGUCUCCGUCUUAAUCGGGACACGAUUAAACAAAUUUCUUCGGUGAAUUCCCCGUGACGUUUUCGUUAAUUUCUAUUUACCGAGAUGCGAGCUCGAUCGAUUUUUGAGAGAGUCCUCAUGAAGUUGUGAUAAUAGCGUGUUGAUUAUUUUAUUACAUGGGACGUUUAAAUAUUAGAUUAGAUACUAACUAAACACGUCUCCUCCCCCCCACCCUCUUCCCUUUUCUCUUUCUCUCUUUCUUUCCUCAUGAAAUUGUAAAUAUUAUCAAAUUAAUAUAUCUCGAAAAAACAGUGUAUAUCUAUAUGUGUGCCUAUGUCGAAUUAAUGCAAGGCUCAGCUCUACAUUCUCAUUGAGAGAAACGAAUCUUGAUUGUGGAGUAUUUAGAUGGUACGAUAUUCUAUUCCCUCGUUAUCUUGUAUAAUUUAUAUAGGUGCUUUCACGUUUAGUUUGAUGGUGAUUUAAUCGCUUAUGUACAAUUACAUGUGCAUUAAUUUAGAAGGAGCAGAAAAAGAAAAAAAAGUGCGUAUACAUUGCGUGAGGAGAAAAGAAAGAAAAAAAAAGAAAAAUAAGAAAGAGAGGAAAUGUCUUAUAAUUAUGCAUUUUAUCAAUGAAAUUAAAAGAAUGCCGUUGUUAUUGUGUAUUUAACACGUUUUUCGUCUGAGCAUGACGCACGCGAGUUGUGCCGCUAAAGCUAUCAAUCAAUAUGUGCCAUGUGAUUAUUGCGGGAACUCUGUAGAAUACCUACGGUGACUCGGGGCCUGCAGCACACACAGGUAAAAUCGCGAGAAACGUGUUAACAUACAUUCACGCUAAUCCACCUUAUUAUGCAUAUAAAUGAAAUUUAGAUUGUUAAAGGUCAAGAAUAUGAAUAAUCAACUGUGGACAAUAGUUAUAUGUUAUUUCCGAGAAACAGGUUCUUAUCGAUAUUAAGUAAUAUGAAGAUAUCGAGAAGGUAAAAAAUCAUAUAUAUAUAUAUAUAUAUAUAUGUAUGUAUAUAUAUAUGAUAUGUAAUAAAUAUAUGUGGUAUUUUGUGUAUAUAAUACGGAUUUAAGAUGAAGGAUAGGUUGGCGUUAUGUUUGGAUGUCCGACAAAACGAUGCAUUUCUCGCGAGCAGUGCUGUACAGGCGAAUAUCGGCGAACGAUUAUGUUAAAUACGCUAUAAGUUACCGCGUGGUCGGUUUUCACUAAUUUACGUCGCAACUGUUAAAAGUAUCUCGUUUGUUGUACUAUUAAGAUUGUAUGUAAAUAAAAGUACGCAUACACGCCGACACGUGUAUGCAAUUAUGCAUUUGAGUGUGUACACUCGUGUGUCAGAAAUAAAAGAAAAUACAAUGAGAAAUAAGUUUAUAUGUAUGCAUAUAUGUACGCACACAUACAUGUACCUUUAUGAACGUUCAUUGUAUACCGCGCGUGUUUGUCUGCUCCACUGAGUGCCGAGGAGAGAAGAAAAGAAAUGGGAACACGAAAAAAUUCGCCGAGAGAUCCGAGCGGAUUCGGCAUUAAACUCUCCCGAAAGAAAAAAAAAAACUUGAUAAAUAUUAAUGAGCGCGCGCUUUAUCGUACACAACGUCUCGCAAAGUAAAGAAAGAAAUUCGCUCAAGGUCCGCCGAUCGAUAAUGGUGACGUCAAAAUCGAGAAAUGCGGCAUAAAUUAUUUCCGCAGCUCUCUCUCGUGGCUCGUUCCGAUGUGCGAGAUUUCAAAUGAUAAAAGGUUCGCUUUGUUCGGCUCGCGAAU